CGCUUUGAGAGAGCGGGGCUGCGCGCUUCGCUUCGGCUCAUUGUGCGCUGCCGUUUUGUUUGUUGUCCGUGGGGCGUGCAUCUCGGCCGGGGUAUUGUUGUGCCUUCCAGAAUAGGGGAAGAAAUUGCAUUUAUUUUUCUUCCCCCCUCCCCGAUAUAACCGUUAUUUCAUUAGAAAAGGAGACAUAUUUGGGAAAGUGGUACAACAAUGUCUAUAAACGUGGAGUCUGGAUUUUCCAGUGAGGAGGUGCUGAAUGCCCACUUUCCUCUCCACCGGGCGUGCAGGGACGGAGAUGUCGGCGCCCUGUGUUCGCUGCUUCAGUGCACCGCAAACCAGGCGGAUCUCGUCGCGGAAGACUCUUUUUACGGCUGGACACCCAUCCACUGGGCGGCUCAUUUCGGAAAGCUGGAGUGUGUGAUGCGUCUGGUGCAAGUGGGCAGCGGUGUGAAUGCGGUGACCACGAGGUUUGCCCAGACACCCACCCACAUCGCCGCCUUCGGAGGUCAUCCUGAUUGUGUGCUGUGGUUGCUGCAAGCUGGAGCUGACAUCAACAGACAGGACUAUGUGGGUGAGACCCCGAUCCACAAGGCAGCCCGGGCUGGCAGCAUGGAGUGCAUAAAGACUCUUUUGAUGCAAGGAGCCAGAGCCGAAAAGAACUGGAACAUGACGGACUGCAAAAUUCAACCAGCGUCCGACUGCUUGAGAAACGCCAGUGGGCUCACCGCAGCAGACCUGGCCCAAGCCCAGGGCUUCCAAGAAUGUGCUCAGCUCCUCUCUAACAUGCAGAACCACCUCAAUGAAUUCUGUCCCAAUGGGGCUCCUAAUGGCCUCCGUCCACAAAUCCAAGCACCAAGCCUCUUCAAUGGGGCACCAAAUAGAAAGAGGUCUCUUGAUUGCAUGGAGUCCAAUCACAUCAAGAAGGCCAGAACUGAUGGCUUGGACUCUCCCAUGAAGCUUUUCAGCAGUGUUGAGGAGGAGCUGGAGAGCAUGCACACAGAAUCAUCCACAGCACUCAGUUCAGGUGACCCUUUAGUAAUAGGUUUGAGGAACUGUCAUACGCCAGAGAAGACUGUGCUGACCAACGGAUUUUCAGCUAAUAAACCAUGCUCUCAAGCACACACCAAUGGAGGCGAAUCAAUAUUGAAUAAUGGCUUCUCGACCAAUUGGGAAGCGACAAUGGCCAACUCGGUUGAGAAUGGAUCCGCUAUGGGGCUUUCUGAGCCGGGUCCAGGGGUUAGGGGCAGUGACCCCCAGUCUGACAUGUGUGGCUCCCUGCAUCUUGGUGACAGUCCCAGUGGCUGUGUCGCCCAGAGGCCUUUCGAGCAAGCAGACUUGAGAGAUAGUUUGCACUUUGGUCAUUACCAUGGGUUUGGGGACACCGCUGAGAACAUUGAUGAGGUCAGCAGCCAGUUAGAACACAACACAUCUGUGAAGGCUGAACAACAAUAUAAGCACACCGUCCUCAGCACCAUGCACCUCUUUCAUGGCUCCUAAAGUGGAUUCUGUCCAUUUCUCUGUGCAUCACGCUGUAGUGCCAGGUCCACCUCUACUAAUCCAAAUGGUUUUUGGUAGUUUGCAGUUGUGAAAUGUUUUUCAUUGGCUGUGCACUCAGCACACCAAUUGAUGAGGGGGAAAAAAAACACAUUAAAGGGAAGCGCUUGUUUGAAACUGCAGUCCUUAUUGUAAUACAGUGAGUUUGUAUUCCAUGUGCUAUUUGAUGCUGUUUUCUGAUUUUGAACCUGUUACAAGUGCUUUUUGUUUUUCACUAUACAUUUCUAAUGUUUAUAAAUGCUGGGAGAAUUUAAUUUGCUUUUCAUAAGAAGUGACCCAAUGGUCCUUGAGAGUGGUACGUAUGGCUGUACACGAGUAGUGUGUUAACAACAUGGCAUCAGCUUUUUUGUUUUUUUGCUGAAAUAAUCAGUGUUAAUUUUUCUGAUAUUUGUUUGCUUAGCAUUCAAAUGAACACAGAAAACAGUUUGCUUGAUUUUGUUACCUUUCAUAUAAUUUCUGUAUUCUUUCUGCUGAAAAUAAACCAGAAGGUUUAAAAAUGC